UGCGCCCUCACUUUAUGGUAAUGAAGAAGCCCAGUGCUCUUAAUUUCCCAUGACGUUUAAACAAGGGGUUGUGAGAUUCGCUGCUUCUGCCUGUUACAGAUCGGUUGUGAUCGGAGCCAGAGCCUCGUGGACAUCUGUCGAGAGCGGCACUUCCAGGCCUUCCUCUGCGACGCGCUGGCCGUGCCCAUCCGCGGCGGGGCCUGUGAUGCCUGCGUCUCCAUUGCUGUUAUUCACCAUUUUGCAACAGCGGAGCGCAGAGUAGCCGCUCUCCAAGAACUCGUUCGACUCCUGAGACCUGGCGGGAAGGCGCUCGUUUAUGUCUGGGCAAUGGAACAAGAAUAUAAUAAGAAGAAAUCCAAGUAUCUUAGAGAAAACAGAAUGAGCCAGGGGAAGGAGGAGGAGGUCAGCAGCGAUACGCCAGGCCCAGAGUUGCUUGUGGAGCAAGUGCCUGACACAGGCCAUAAGGAGCCAGCCUGUCGAAUGCCCUCCGUCAGUGUCUUCCAGGAGGGAGGGCGGAAUUCAAGGGAAGUUACUAAUUCCAAGCUCCCCGUUCACACUAAUAGGACUUCUUUUCAUUCUCAAGACGUACUGGUUCCCUGGCACCUUAAGGGCAACCCUGGGAAAGACAAACCUGCUGAGCCGUUUGGUCCGGGAGGAUCCCAUGACCCAAGUCCUGUGUUUCAUCGUUUCUACCACGUGUUCCGUGAGGGGGAGCUGGAAGCCGCCUGCCAGACUCUGAGUAACGUCCGCGUCCUGCGAAGCUACUACGAUCAGGGGAACUGGUGUGUGAUUCUUGAGAAGGUCUGACGUCUCUGAACAUACACACCGGAAAGAAAGGCUCAGCUUUAUUUUUUAAAGGACUCUAAAUUUACUGUCUUUUUAAAGAGAAAAUGUGUGGGAAAGAAUCAAAGAAAGGAGAACGCCUGAGAGAAAAUUGGAAGUAGAGAUUAGUUAGGACACAUUUGGGCUACUAGUAUGGCCAUUUUAUCCAUAAAUGUGGGAACGGUUCUCUUAAAUAGGGAGGCAUAGGGAGGCAUAGGGAUGGAUUUUAAAAGUGACUGAAGUAGUUUGUGAAGUUUUUGGGGUCCCAGGGUAAGAAUGCAGCAUUCUGAAGACAAAGUUUUGGUAUUAAGGUUACUCAGCGAACUAAAUCAUGUAGAAUCUUAGUGAUG